UCCCCUCCCCACCCAGUAUUACAAAAAUUUAGUUUAUCCCCUUCCUUUAAUCCAUUCUCAUUAAAUUUUCUAUAUAGCACUUUUUAUGUCUGAUGGUCAUUAGUACUUUUUAGCUUCUCCUCCGCCUUCUUCUUCAUCAACAUAUAUCAACAGUGACUUGGUAUUAUUUUGGGAUUUCUUUCUUUCUUUUUUUUUUACUGAUACAGAUAUCUUUCUUGAUGUUACAAUCUUUCUUUGAAAACCCCAAGUGUUUGGUUCAAUGCAAGUCCAUGAUCUCCCAUGUAACUCCUCCGUAGCUAAUCCCCUCUCCGAUCCCCACUUCUCCGCCACCGCCUCAGUCGUAGCCAUGGCCUCCGACCCGCAACCCUCCUCCCCUUCUCCGAUCCAUUCCCCAAAGCACCACAAAAUUUCCCAAAAUAACGGCAAAAAAACCCAAAGUAAUAAGAGCCCACCUCCUCACCACAAUGAUACAGUUGUUAACUCUUCUGCAACUCCCAACGCCAGUAACAACAAUAAUACCAGUAAUACUAGUAACAACAAUAACGGUAAUAGUAAUAGUGUUGUAUUUAGGAGAGAGAGGCCCUCCAGGGCAUGUACGCAGCGGGCGGCCGCCAGGAUGCAGGCUGCGGCCGCUGCUGAGGCUGCUGCGGCCGAGGCAGAGAAGAAGCAGAAGAAGGCAGCUUUGAGGAAGGAGCGACUGGCGGCCCGGUUGCUGAGGGAGGAAGUGGAGGAGCAGGAGGAGGAGGUGGAGCAGCAUGGAGAGGAAGAGGAGGAAGGCGAUGAUACCCCUCUGGGAUCAUCGAGGAAUCAGCAAUGUAGUAAAAUUGUGACCCCUUUAGUGGGGGAACCGGAGCCCUCGCAAUUGCCGCGGUGGAACAUUCGUGGGAUGUGGCAGUUGGCUUCUAUCUUGAAUUUUUUGAAUGUUUUUAGGCCUUUAUUGAAUAUUAAAGUGGAGUUUUCAGCAGAGGAGUUCGAAACAGCUCUCAUUACGCCGAAUAAUACUCUUGGAGAGAUUCAUAUUCCGUUAUUGAAGGCAAUCCCUCCUAUCACUCGAAUGGCCCUUGGACACAAUACAUGGGUUACAGUAUUGUGCAGAAAAUUACGUGAUUGGUGGCUUUGGGUUGCAGAAGGAGAGCUACCUAUUGUUGCAUCUCAUGGGGCUGAAGUUGAAGCAUAUAAUGCUCUAGAUCCUGCGGUUCGUGUAGUAAUAUUGAAAGCACUAUGUGAUAUUCGUGUUGAGCAAGAAGAUAUCCGAAACCAUAUAGACAACUCUGUAAAGCAUGGUGUCCAUAUUUCAGCAUUUCGCAAAGAACGAGUUGGUGGUGAUUCUCAUGGAAUCUCUUAUUGGUAUGAAGAUGAUGCUAUGGUUGGUCAUCGACUAUAUCGAGAGAUUAGAAAAGUUGAGGUGAAGAAAGGAAAGGGGAGAAACAUACCGCCCAUUCCUAAUUCAUCUUACCAGUGGGAGACAGUUGCAACUAAUUUUGAUGAAUUUCAAGAUGUGUCUGAAAAACUAUUUUCAAGUAAAAAUAGAACGGAGGCUUCUCUUGGAAAGAAGUUGAAAAACGAUAUGCUUCCUGAGAUUGAGAAAGUCCACAAGAGAAAAGAGAAGCUGCUGAAGAAGCAACACAGACAAGCUCUUAUGCUUGAUAAUAUGAUGAAUAUGGAUGGCCUUGCUGCUGGGCGUUCUCUUCGUGAUAGGAAACCUGUCACAUACACUUUUGAUGAUUAUGAUAGAUCAAUCAAUGAGGCUAUCAAGAUAACCAAGAAGCAGCAAGCUUCUUCCCCGGAGCCAACCGCCACAAGGAGAGAAGCUGGUGUCAGAGUGGAAGCUCUUACAAAUGGUAGAUGGGGUGGUCCUUCGCAACCUUUCAAUGCACUUUCUCCAAAAUCACCUGAUUAUGAUGGAUUCUAUGAUGAUAAUAGAGCAGAUCAAACGGAUCGGAGCAAUCGCCGAAGGCAGAGACCUCAGCGGUAUUCUGCACGAGAGUUCGUUGAAGCAGUUUCAGAUAAUGAAGCGGACUUUGAUAGUGAUGACGAUAUAGUUGGUGAGGUGAUCUAUGAUGAUGAAUAUUUAAGAAGACGGAAACAAAGGAGGAAGAUAUCUAGCAGCUCAGAAGGAGAUGACGAGUACCAUUGGGAUGAUGAUAAUCCUGAAGAGGAAGAAGAGGAGGAGGAGGAGGAGGAGGACGAUGAUGAUGAUUCGCUAAGUGCAAGUGAGGAGAGUGAUGGGCCCCGAAAAUUUAAGAAAUUGCCAGGCCGCACUAGAAGGGAAACUAAACUGAGAUCAGUUGAUGAGCUCCAGUUAGGUUUACGGCGUAGUAAAAGGGCGACCAGGAACCGUAUAAAUUAUCGACAGUAUGAACUAUCAGAAUCAGAAAAUGAGUCAAUGAAACCCGGGAAGUCAAAUGUGUCGGAGCACUCAAAUGACAGUGAAAAUGCAGAAGAGUUCUCAAUGGUGAGUCAAGAUUCUGAGGAAAAUAACACAGAUAACCAGGAAAUUAAGGCGGAUCAACCUGUGAAGGAUGAGGAGCCUGAGACAGUCAAGAAAGAGGAUAACGAUAUGCUGGAGAAAGCAAAUAGCCCACGGCAAGAUGAAGGUGAGGGUGUUCGAAAAAGGCGUUUUCUUGAUCUAAAUGAGCUUGCCCCAGGUUCUGGCUUUGAUGAUGGUCCCAACUCGAUGAUGAAAGAUGAAGAUACCGAUGACUUCUGAAGUUACUGUCUCCACCAGAGAGGAGGGUCUUGGUGUUCACCUGGAAAAGUUGAUUGUAUGAUAUAGAUAACUCAUAGAUUACAUGGCAAGUCGACUCCAUGACGGAAGCAACAAUUAGAGGUGCUUCCUCAGGAAUUUUUAAGCAAUUGCCACCCGAAUGCAGUUAUUUAUGUAUUCCUGCUGGGAACAACAUGAUGCUGAGAAAAGUCAUGUAGAUUCAGUAGUCAAAUUUUUUUAGAACGCCUACAUUCCAGAAAACGAAUAGGAUGUGGAUGAGAAGCUUGUCGCAAGUUCUGUACUAUUUCUUAUCCAGUCUGUGUACAAUAACUUUUCGAACUAAUAUUUGUAAUGGAAGAGUUUGGCAUUUAGGUA